GAGCCAUCUGAAACGCGUGUUACUAGGGCUGAAGUAAAUCUUCACGUUUUAACUAAAAUGGCAACCAAUGAAGAAUGUAUCCUGCCAUUAUUGACAAACUUCCAGUUGCACCUUCCUGCUGUGAUUGAGCUAACUGAUCAUGUUAAUGGCCAACGGUUGCAUAAGCCAGUAGCUGCCUUUCUAGAGCAACUUCUUCAGACCACAAUGCAAAAUCUGCUGUCAACUGGUGAUCUGAAAGCACUUUGUUUAUUACUACGAGUGGCUGUCGGCUGCUUGAAGGGUGGACAGUUCUUACAGUACUCUGGAUUGCUACUCAUAAACAAGGUAAUCGACACCUGUAUUAUACGCACUCUCCCCCUUGAAGAUAGCCCGAUGGCACAACCUCUUGCUUCCUCUUCGGAUUCCUGUUCCUCAAAAGAUGAGCCUCGUGUUGAUGGACUGUCCAAUAUUUUUUCUGGCACCUGUGUUCAGCUCCUGUUGAAUGCACUAAAUAAUGGAAUCACACUACACAAGCGAGGUGUCGUCGCACGCCUGCAUUGCACUCCCAGCCACAGAUGGCGCCAAUGCAGCUACCACUGCCUGCAAAUCCUAAGCGGACGAGCCUUAUUAUAUUGCUGCCAUCUGGAGAUAGUUCAAAAGAAGCUCAUGGAAGAUGGUCACCUCAAGAUCUUAGUUGCUGCUUUAGAUUCCACCCAUGAUCCCCAACUUCUGUGCCUUGUGCUGCAAGCUGUUUCCAUCCUAUCGAUGACUCCGGCAUAUCACAGGCAACUGUCGGAUUCCGGUUUGACGGACAAUCUUACACAACUGGUGCUACCUUCGGAUGAGUGGUACUACACUAAUCAUUCUACACAGUAUGCCCGUUACGUGAAGCACCACGCAGCAAGGGUCCUGGUUUACUUGGGACAAGAUCUACACGUGAAAAUUGAUCUCUUUGACAAACUUGAUGAUGGGGAAGUCUCGAGCGACUCACCAGAAGAUGAGUACAUCCGGAAGACAUCCCUGCCGCCUUCCCAGCGCGCUUCGGCCUCCCUUGAGUAUAUAAUACUCCUCAUGUUGAAGGAUAUCCAGAGGAGGAUUCGCACAGGAGGCCCUUGGGAGAACAUCCAGCGAGAGGAGAGCUUCUCAUUUUACCUGACGGCACUGCCACUGAUCGUGCACCCUCUUAUUGUUUUCCGCCUCCUCAAGCAUCGAUUGCUGAUGUCACUCAACAAAGGUUCAGGCGAGAAUCGGAGCCGUGCUUCAUCCGCGGGAAACGAAGAAACCUUACGGCUCCGUAGACAGAACGAUUCCUCUCCGAAUUUAUGCACAGGACGAUCUUUGAGGGGUCUGUCCUUCUUGCCCCUUCUAGAGACUCCAACUACACAAAGCUCAAUGGACUGUUCUGCCAGCCCAUCGCCCUCCUCCAAAAGCAAAAGAACGUUUCGUUUUUCCAGCUUGCGGAGGAAAAAAACAAAGACGAGUACUGAGAAUACAUUCAACUCCUCACACAGCGACACCAGUGAAGCUGAUAUUGUUGCUUUCCAAAGAGAACUCCAAAACCUUCCUACCCACCACAUCAAGGCUGAAGAACCUCGUCCACGAUCAUGCUCUGUUCCUCGGGUGACACUUGACAGUUCAUCACUGACUAGGAGCGCCACUACAGAAGGUACUUAUUGCCCGGUGGAUUUUCCUUUACCAGACCUGAUGUCUCGUGGCAGGACUGAAAUCCCUGUAGAAGAAAAAGCCGCCUUUCAGCUACUAUUGGAAUGGGGCAAAGUUUGCCCACAAGACUUGCUACUGGAUGUUGGAAGUGAGUUCGAGGAAUUCCUAGCUGCUCUUUGUCCUCUUGGAGAUCAGUAUCGCAAGUGGGCCAGUGACAUACGCAGUGUUUACGAGAUUCAGGAAGAUGAAACGAAUGAAGAGGAAAAACAAGCUGAAGUCAUACGCCGCGAUUAUGAAAAAUUGCAGCGACUAGUGGUGAGUGGCGAUCUACCAUGUUCCAAGGAAGAAGCUGCUCUUCUCGCUGGUAUCCAGUUGAGAAUCGAGGAGACUUGGCCUUCUGCCAGCAAAGAGACAGACAAGAGGAUCAAACUUCGGCCGAUAUCCGAAGAUACAAAGGAAAGUGCAGCGGAAAGUCCGGACGAGCGUAUAAGUUUCAAUUCUGCUGUGUCCAAAAGCACGGCAAUUAUUCGCAACUGGAUGAGCUCCAACGACAACAAAGACGACUCGGCUCUCGAUGAUUGCGUCGCCCCCAUGUAUCGCACAGCGAAGAAUAUGAGCAAAGCUAUCAAGGAACAAAAAAGGAAGCUUUUCCACUCUCUGGUUUACGAAAACGAACUGCAUCUGAAGAAGUUGUACAUCCAAAACUGCAAGCGUUUACCUGCUUAUGGAUGCCGGGUAUAUCAAGUCAAAGAGAGAACUAAGAAAAAGGUGAACAGACUACUAGGUAUUGGCUUGGAGAAAUUAGUUUUGCUGGACAGUAAAAGUCUUCUGCUAAACAAGAGUCAAUUAACUUCUGAUUUAGAACAAUGGCGAACUGGGGGUGGUCGAUCUCAUGAUCAGAUCGUGUUGGAAUUCCGUGCUACUAAAUGGUCUUUCAUAGCUACUUCACCUGGAGCUCUACGAUCCAUUAGCACAGAGCUCUGGGAAGUAAUGCAGGACUUGGAUGCGCACUUCCUGGAAGAUCAUGUCAUUGCGACGAAGGAAGACAUCGAUAACGAAAUCCGAAAAUCUCUGAGUGAAAGGCAGGGCUUGGAACGAUAUACUGUUUACAAACAAGAACUGGAAUCCCUGCAAACCCUUCUUCACUUUCCUGAAGUAGUUGCGCUUCUGUUAACUGAAGUCGAAUAUGAUCUCUUCUAUAAAGUGGCUCCAAUCCAUUAUGUUCGCCAGAUUACCUUGAAUCUUAGUCAUGACCCUGGUGGUAACAAUACCGUAAAACGACUCGUCAAAAGAUUCCAAGAGGUAAGUUCUUGGAUCACUCAUAUUAUCAUUUCUCAACCGACACACGAAGAUCGAAAAGCUGUACUUUCAUGCAUUUUAAGGAUCGCAACAACAUGUUGGAAUCUAGCUAAUUUCAAUACGGCUAUGGAGAUCUUGGCUGGUCUCAAGUCAGAGAAACUGAAACCUUUCUGGCUGUCUCUUCCUGAGAAGGAUCACAUCACCGCUUUGGAAAUGCUAAGCAAUGCGUUGCUGACUCCUCAAGUGUCACCUGAAUACCGAGCUGCUAUUGAUAAAGCUUUAUCAUCUCCAUACGUUCGAGUUAUUCCCUUUUUCGGCACAUUUCUUCGUGAGUUAAAGUCAAUCCUGAAAUCUAUCCCAAGUCUAGUUGUUCUGUCUACAGAAGAAAAUCCAAAAUUAGAGUUUAUCUCAGAUUAUCAUGGCGAAGACCACUUUUUCACAAGAAUAGGUGUGGGCGGAUUGAUCAACUUAGAAAAGAUUCGAAAAACUCAUGAAAUUCUGGAAGAAAUUGAAACUUUUCAUGAACAUGCUAAAGUAAGAAACGAAUUAAAGGAUUCCAAGAAAGAGGAUAAUCCUAAAAGAGGAAGGAGCAACGACGGAGAAGAAGAUGAGUCCCUGUAUGAAGUACGAAGUAAUUCAAAAGAUCCAUUUGUGAGCCUUUUCCCCAUCAGCUCAAAGUGUGAGACGUUUCAAGAAUUGCAGUUCCUUCACCACGGUAGCACUGUUAUACAUAUAGAUGAUGAUGGAUCUCGUUCAGCGCUGGUAUUCUUGAAACUCGAAAGAAAUAAUGGGACACUUACUUGGACAAAACCACCUUGGAGUGCACUAAAAGGAAAUGGAGCUCCAGACUAUAACCUAACUGUUUAUGAUCCUAUAUCUUCUGGUUUUCUUCUGAAAUAUGAAACUUCUGAUAUAUGUUACUGUAGUACUGAGGAAGGAUUUCUGGAUUUGUCAAACGUAAAGGAAGUGAGCAUGCUUAAUUGUGAUAUCUGUGAUGUAAGCGUUAACCAUCUCGCGAGACGCCAAGGUAUUCCAGAUUUCAUGGACAAAUCAUGUCUUCGAAUACUUUAUGGCAACACUUUAUCGGAUAAUCGAACUUUAGAAUUUGUUGCUCCUACAGUUGCUAUAAAGUUGUGGCACAAAGGCAUCCAGUAUGUCGUAGGUGAAUUGAAAAAACAGAAGAUGCUGAGUGACCACAGAAUUUUUUGGUUGAAAGAGAAAUAUGUGCACUUAUAUUUUGAAAACCUUGCUUGUGCUGGUCCAACGCCCGCAGAAGCCAUUAAGAUAUUUGGUGGGCGCAAAUGGACGUUGGAUUCUUUAGGGGGUAGCUCUUCCUCCAUGGAUACUUCUGGAUUCAAACGUGUUGCCAGUUUUGGAGUCAACUCAGGCAAGCUUAGGAAAAAGAAAUCGCAGACUUCACUUGCGGCCAUUCGAGACUGUAGUCCAAAAUCUCAGUCAAGCCUAGCUUCGGAAACGCUCGGCGAAUGUUCCAGAAUGAGUCCCUUACUCAGAUCGAAGCUAUCUCACUUAAAAUCCCGGGAUACUUCAGAUGAUUCUGAUGCCCCUUCACAAAACAUUCCGUCUAUCACGUUAAGCUCCAGUUACAGCAAAGAUAAAGGCCAUACAGGUGAUUCGCCUCCUUUAGCCUGUGGACCAGUCAUAACACAUUCCAGCCAAAUGGAUUUCAUUCAGUUUACUGAAUUAUUCAGAUCAUUUUUGGUUAGAUCAAGGAAAGAUCUACGCUGUCUGUUUGAACAAGUUGCGGUACCUUACAAGGGGUUGCCUGAAAAUUAUAAUUUCGAUCGCAGUGCUAGUUUAAAAGAACCAUAUGGUUCUUCAAAAAAAUUUCUAGGACUGCUGACUAGGAAUACACCUUCAGAUUACGUGGAUAGUAUCCAACGUAAAAGAAUUUAUGAUGCUAUUGCUGCAGCCAGUAUUGUAUCCAACUGCGCUGGUGUAGAUACAUCAAGAACGCUUGUGCUUCGACUUGAAGAUUUCCAGCGCUUUUUAAGUGACCAUCAAGGGGAGCCGAAAACAGAAGAAGAAGUGGCUGCUCUUAUACAACGCCAUGAGCCAGAUGCAGAGCUACGUAAUAAGUGCUGCUUAUCGUUUGAAGGAUUUGCAAGGUACCUCAUGGAUAAGUGUAAUUACGCAUUUCUUCCUGAAACCCUCAAUCCAGAAGAAGAUGCAAUGGAUCGCCCAUUGUCCCAUUACUACAUAGCUUCUUCUCAUAACACUUAUCUUACGGGCCAUCAGCUGAAAGGCGAAUCCUCCGUCGAACUCUACAGUCAGGUUCUGCUAACGGGAUGCCGGUGUGUAGAACUCGAUUGCUGGGAUGGAGACGAUGGAAUGCCCGUUAUUUAUCACGGUCAUACACUAACGACGAAAAUUCCCUUUAAGAGCGUUGUUGAUGCCAUAAAUAAAAGUGCUUUUGUGAAGUCACCGUAUCCGGUUAUUUUAUCCAUCGAAAACCAUUGUUGUCUCCAGCAGCAACAAAAAAUGGCGCAAAUUUUUACGAACGUAUUUGGAGACCGUUUGGUAUCGAGGUUUUUAUUUGAAUCUGACUAUGGGGAUGAGCCUCAACUACCUUCACCUAAUCAACUUCGCUAUAGAGUUUUGAUAAAAAAUAAAAAGAUGAGGGUUUCAAUUACUCCGGCACUUCCAACAAAGACAAGGGGUAAAUUGAAUAGCGGCCGUACAAACAGCAUCAUUUCUACUGCUAGUACUGGUUCUUUUAACGAUGAAGAAGAAGAUGGCGAGGGUUCGGACGAUGACGAAGAUGAUGAAUAUAUUUUGGACGAAAAUUUUCAGCAUGUAGAACAAGAUGACAGACACAGCUCAGGAACUGUCAGCAAAAGCGUAUCUCUCACAGCUCGCACUGAAUCUCUUUCUAGUCAAGACGAAUCCUAUCGAGAGAAAUCGGUCAUAUCAGCAAUUCCCGGCGUCCUUAUAGAACAUGACGUGCCUAACGAAGAUGAAAAAGCAAAGAAAUCCAGUAGUCAGAUCGCACCCGAGCUAUCCGAUUUAGUUGUUUAUUGCCAAGCUAUCAAAUUCCGUGGUUUCGUACAAGGAAAUAAUAGCCCUACGAACUCAGUAAAAGUUAAGAAGAUAAGCAGUCGUAGAAAUCAUCUUGCUUCUUCUGGGGCGACAUCUUUGCCAGGAACACCUCCUCUUUCAUAUGAAUCCAAAGGUGAGCCGUCAUUUUUGAGGAGGGCAGCAUCUUCGGCUCCAUGUUACAAAGUGUCGUCAGUAAAUGAAACCACUGCAAAGAAGCUGUGCAAGAGGCAUCCGUUGGCUUUGAUGUCUCAUUGUGAGUCGCAACUGAUGCGAACAUAUCCAGCAGGUAUGCGAAUCGAUUCAUCUAAUUUCAAUCCAGUUAUUUUCUGGGCUUUUGGAAUACAAAUGGUUGCUUUGAACUACCAAACAGACGAUUCUGCUCUUCAUCUAAACACUGCCAUGUUUGAGCAGAGUGGAAGCUGUGGCUAUGUACUGAAGCCUCGAGUUAUGUGGGAUAAAACGCAUAUGAUGUACGGAAGAUUUAAUCCGUGGGAGAAAACAUUUGAUGGUUUUCAUGCUAUAAAUCUUACGAUUACAGUUAUAUCAGGUCAGUACGUGUGCCCAUCAACUUUCACUGGGAGUCCAGUGGUAGAAAUCGAAAUCAUUGGCAUUCCAAUUGACUGCAACCGCCAGAAAACUAAACUGGUGCAAAGGAAUUCUUUGAAUCCGAUAUGGAACGAAAUCUUCAAAUUUCGAGUUACGUUUAGUGAGUUAGCUUUCAUUCGUUUCGCUGUUACUGAUAUGGGAUCCAGCCAUGUCACUUCUCAAAGGGUUAUUCCUUUAGCACAUUUAAAACAAGGAUAUAGACAUGUCAGACUCCGAAGUCAACAGAAUCAACCUUUACCGCUGUCUACGCUUUUCAUUCAUUCGGUUUGGGAAGAAGAAGGUUUGGAAGUGGCAGAGGCUAGUGGUGAUUCGGCAUCAGGUGUCAUGAAAGGAGCGGGAAAAGAUUACCCAAAGUCAGAACUUGGAACCAUACCGGUGAAAAGAAGAAUGUUUUUUCUAGUCGUACAUGGGGUCCUACCAGAAGAGCCAAGUACCAUUUUGAAAAUUACCCAGGAAUGCACAACAAGAGAUGUCAUAGCUCAGGCUUUAAGCAAAAGCAAUAAUUUCGAUUCAGUGGAUGACUAUGUAUUAAUAGAAGAAGUUCAACAAGGAUGGGACAAGAAGGCUUCUGAGAAGAAUCUUCAUCGUAGGUUCCUUGAUAUCAAUGAAAGACCUCUGGAAGCUCAAGCCCAAUGGCAAGGAGAUGGCCGAUUUGUUCUAAAAAAAUUAGCUGAUGAUCCCAGUACUCGAGCUUGGAUAACUACUAUUAGGGGCACGAUCAACAAAGAAAAGAGAUCAAAAGAUAUGGGCGGAGGACUGUGUGGCUGGACAGAUGGAGAAGAAGCCUUUCUAGUCUGCAUUUACAAUGUGGCUCCGGAUCAACCAUAUGCGAUACUGAAAGCCCCAAUCACGAGUACUAGUCAAGAUAUAGUGCAACAGGCUCUGCUCAAAGCAAGGCGAAUGGAAGAUCCAAGCAAAUUUGGUUUGGUUGAAGAACUGGAGUAUCCUCCCCUUGCUGAAUCGGCAUCAUCUAGCAAAAAGCGAUUGCAGAGACAGAGAAGAUUUCUGCAAGACCAUGAAAAUGUCUUCCUUGCCCAACAAAGAUGGAAGGGCAGGGGUUGGUUUGAAAUGAGAGAGAGAGAUCAGGGGAAAUCUGAUAAAAAAAUUAAAAAGUACUCUGGCUUAAGGAGAUUUGGAUAUUCUGCUAAAGGUGAGAUGCUAAUAUUUUCAUUUUCGCUUUUUAUAUUCAUUUUCUGAACAAGUAAACAGAAA